GGCUUCAACAUUUUGUCAACCCUUCAAAGACAUCUUUCCACCCAAAAACAACUCCCACGACCUUUCUUUCGAGUGUAGGAAUAUAUCUGGACUUUCGGAUGUUCAAAUUGCUGCUAUAGGGGUCUCAAUUCGGUUUUGCAGAGGCAGGGACUAGGGCUAUGAGAAUCCGAUCAGCUAGAGCUUCAUCGCUCUUCAACAGCUCCUCAACCUCAAUAAUACCUUUAUAUUCGUCAUGUUAUAGGUGUCAAUUGACUCCGCGACAGCCAUCGCGGCUUUUUUCGAACUCAGUAUAUCGGCAUCCCUCACGGAGGAGGCAAUCAAGCUGGGCGCAAGCGGUCUCCGUUGCCUCCAAUGUUUUCUCCAACGCGACGGCUCGGACGGCAGGCCCAGGAGAUGUCAGUAUAGAUCCACUACGGAUAGUGGCGAAGGAGAUGAAGUUCUUGACCGGCAAUAUACGGCAGCUUUUGGGCUCUGGACAUCCAUCUCUUGACACGGUUGCGAAGUAUUACACACAAGCGGAGGGGAAACAUGUGCGACCGCUCAUUGUGCUGCUGAUGUCCCGAGCUACAGCCCUUACACCAAAAUCUCCAAGAUUCAAUAGCCCGCAAAGUCCGACAGAUAUCGACCAGGCAAUUUCUCCAAUGUCAGUUCUCACAGAUGUCAACCCAACUGCUCCUUCUACGAAUCCUCUCACCCACACACAAACAUCAUACUCUGCGGCCGACAGCGACAUAUUACCAUCUCAGAGACGACUGGCAGAAAUCACCGAGCUAAUACAUACUGCCUCUCUCCUGCACGACGAUGUGAUUGACCAUUCCGUCUCAAGGCGCGGAUCGCCCUCUGCAAAUCUCGAAUUUGGAAAUAAGAUGGCCGUAUUGGCUGGGGACUUCCUUCUUGGGCGAGCUUCUGUAGCACUCGCCAGGUUACGGGAUCCAGAAGUUACUGAGCUCCUGGCAACAGUCAUUGCGAAUCUGGUGGAAGGAGAAUUCAUGCAAUUGAAGAAUACAGCUCGGGACGAGAAGAACCCGGUAUGGACUGAGGAAACAGUCACAUACUACCUCCAGAAGACAUAUCUGAAGUCUGCAAGCUUGAUAUCGAAGUCUUGUAGGGCAGCCGCGAUACUCGGGGGCUCGGACAAGGCGACUGUAGAUGCAGCAUAUGCGUAUGGAAAGAAUCUGGGGCUUGCUUUCCAACUUGUGGAUGACAUGCUGGACUACACGAUCAGCGAAAAGGAAUUGGGCAAGCCGGCAGGUGCAGAUCUGGAGCUUGGACUUGCUACCGCACCACUACUAUUUGCGUGGAAAAACAACAAAGAGCUGGGGUCUCUGGUGGGGAGGAAAUUCGCCCAGGAGGGCGAUGUUGCUAGAGUAUGUUGACCGUUUUCCACAGUUUCUGCAAAUACUUACAAUAUCACAGGCUCGAGAACUGGUUCUACAAAGCGACGGAUUAGACCAAACGCGAGCUCUGGCUGAGGAGUACGCAAACCGCGCGAUUGCCUCACUAGAUGCGUUCCCGGAUAGUGAAGCGAAAGAUGGCUUGGUAGAGAUGGCUAUCAAGACUUUGAAGCGGAGAAAGUGAUGAUUCGAAUAAUUGGAACACCCUCCUCUUACUCUUGGCAGCACUGUGGCUGCUUUGUACUACGAAUGUACGAGGAUCUGCAUAGAAGAUGUAUGAAUAGCUUGGGUUAUGUAAUUGACCUCACCUUGGCUUGUAGAAAGCCUAAAUAGACUUUUCAUACCUUUCAUCUAGCUUCAUCUUCCGGUACAAUCCAUGCAAUGGCCUCGAGGGGCAGGGUAGGCCAAUACCUCCUAUGUUUGCGCAGCCAGUGGGUGCAGCCCUUUCAAC